AUGUCUGCUUCGGCUUCACCGUCUACUAUCUCACAGUAUCUGAAGCAGAGGUUGCACAAGCUAAAGAUAUAUGGAGUUUCAGACCUUAUGCAGCACAUCGACACGUUCAAAGAAACAAUGGGUGAUUCAGUGAACGUGAAAAUUGAUGGCUUUAAUAAUUUAUCAAUCUUGUUGUGUUCGCUGCCCCCUCUGUUGACAGCACUUACGUGUCACAUGGAGAGGGUUGAUGCUUCGUUGCGCUUUCCUCAUGAGCGUUGGCCUGAAGUUAUCUCAAUGAAACCUAGAGCUUUCCUUUACCACAAUUUCUUGUGUGCAUGCAGCGCGAGAACGAGCACGGGAAGUUUUAUUAGUAGAGGACAUGACAAAAUUGUGGAAGAGAUUGAGAAUAGGAUCUCAGAGUUCACCUUCCUUCCUGUAGAAAAUGGAGAAGGUCUUCGAGUUAUCCAUUAUGAAGUUGGGCAGAAAUUUGACCCUCACUUUGAUGGAUUGGGAAGAAUUGCUACUUUCCUUAUGUACCUGUCAGACGUUGAUGAAGGAGGCGAAACAGUCUUCCCUAUGUCCAGUAGCGGACUAUCUGUUUCACCAAAGAAGGGAGACGCUGUACUCUUCUGGAACAAUAGGCCUGACGGGUCGCAAGACCCUUCUAGUUUGCAUGGUGAGAGAUAA